CAGGUGCUUGUUAAUACUUUUCAACUUGGAUAUACUUUGAAUUACCGAUGGAUUUCUUAAACGAUUCAAAUUCAACAACAGCUGUAGAUGGGGCCCUUCACUGCAGUGCCAUCCUCCCUGUCAUCUUUGGCAUCAUCUGCUUUCUGGGUAUCGUGGGAAACUGUAUUGUCAUCUACACCAUCAUGAAGAAGACCAAGUGCCGUGCUAAGCAAACUGUGCCAGACAUCUUUAUCUUAAAUCUGUCAAUUGUUGAUCUCCUGUUUCUCCUUGGGAUGCCAUUUCUCAUCCACCAGCUGCUGGGCAACGGCACCUGGCACUUUGGAGCUGCAAUGUGCACUGUCAUUACUGCACUUGACUCUAAUAGCCAGAUUGUCAGUACUUACAUCCUCACUGCAAUGACCCUCGACCGUUACUUGGCUACAGUUCAUCCCAUUCGCUUCAACUACAUCCGCACACCUUGUGUGGCAGCGCUGGUCAUUGGCCUGGUGUGGGGUCUGUCCGUACUCACCAUCAUCCCCGUGUGGAUGUACGCAGGUCUGAUGCCUCUACCGGAUGGCCUGGUGGCCUGUGCGCUCCUUCUGCCUGACCCAGUCACAGACAUAUACUGGUUUACACUUUACCAGUUCUUCUUGGCAUUUGCUAUACCUUUGGCCAUCAUCUGCUUAGUGUUCUUCAAGAUCCUCCAGCACAUGUCCACCAGCGUGGCACCACUGCCUCCACGGAGUUUGAGGGUGCGCACCAGGAAGGUGACCCGGAUGGCAGUGGCCAUCUGCCUGGCCUUCUUCGUCUGCUGGGCCCCUUACUACAUCCUUCAGCUGAUCCACCUAGGGGUGCAGAAGCCAAGCCUAGCUUUCUCCUAUGCCUACAACAUAGCCAUUAGCAUGGGAUACGCUAACAGUUGCAUCAACCCAUUCCUGUUCAUUAUCUUAAGUGAGACCUUCAAGAGGCAGUUUCUCAGGGCUGUACGGCCGGUUAAUAGAAAGUUCCGUGUGACCCCGAGCACCACAGAUGGUGGCAGUGUGAGUGUGAGAAUGAUACCUGAAAGGGCUCAGCAGCAGCCAGCCUCUAGGCAGAUGAUACCAUCCAAUGUGGCCCCUUAAUGAAUCAUUUCACUUUGUAUCACUGUGGAUCUGUGCAACUGACAAGCACUAUGAAUGAGACAUUAGCACAGUAACUUGUCGUCUUACUGUUUCUGAACAGUUAUGUCAAUCAGCCAUUUUAUAAAAAAAAUUGGUUUGCUCAUUUUUAGCCUGAGUAAAACUGUUCUUUCCAAUCAAAGCACAAUGCCACUGAUUUACGUAGUUUUAGAAAAACGAAUCAGCCUGUUCUUACUCGGCGUGACCACAGACAGUCGUGUUAUUUUCCUUUUGAAAAUGACGGGUAACGAUUUAUUUAAAAAUGGCCUUAAUUUAAGACAAGUUAGAGGGUGCACAUUGGGUAGCUUCUCAAUACGAAAUGUGUGUUCAGACUGAAUACAAAUCUAAAUUAAUCUUCAUUUACAGGAUAUAUUGCAGUCUGUUAAGAGCCAGUGGGCAUGGACAACACACAUUGACUCCAUGAACUCCACAUGAUUCUGUUAUGUUCCUCCAGGCCAAAUACUCCCUGCUCUCUUUUUUACCAUGAUGCAGUGAACUUAUCCUUUAAUCACUUCAACAGGGAACAUUUUUAUCCAGACUCAAUCAUCUUCAGGUCAAAAUGUUCAUAGCGACUACAUCUAAAUACCAAGGUCAGUUCCGGUCCGACAUCCUGUUAUUCAAGGUUCAAGGUUAAUGUAUUGUCAUUGUACAGCAUGGAGUUGCACAAGGUCAUGCGGUUGUUGUCCCUUUAUGAUACAUAGGAAAAGUGGUAAAUACUAAAUACACACACACGUCACAUUUAAUAUUUGGUGUGUGUGUUGUUCAGGAGAGUGUGCAAGUACAACAUAUUAGUUGAUUCAUAUCAAUAUGUAAAUUAUUUUAAUAUCACUGAGUGUAUCCAUGCAGAAUACCAAGGAACUGAAUAAUGGACCAUGUAUGUUCUUGUGUCCUAUUGUGGUUUUCUGAAAUAAUAUGUUAUCUCUGAAUAACAGAAUAGAGAACGAGACUAGACAUCCAUUCCUUGGAUCAUAUGUUGUUAUGCAUUGUAAUGCAUUAGAUAUGAUGUUGCAAAGAAACAUGAAAGGGAUACUUUUAUACAACCCAUUAGCAGCACAGCUUUGAACAAUUGUGUAACAAUAUUGUAGAGCGCGAGUCUCCUCUUAUGAAAAAAAGUACAUUAACAAAAGAUGUAUGAUGCCUUUUAGUCAGAUGCUUAUAUGAUUAUAGUAACGCGGAUGGUUAAGUCAGCUGUUAACCAAAUUCAUGUUCUAAUUGUCUGUUGUUUGUACGUUAUAAUACUAAAAAAAGAGACACAAUCAAGUGAACACAAUGCAUUUUAUCUAAGCAUCAAGGAGGAGGGGCCAACAGAUGUGCAAAAAAAUAAGUAUGUGAAGUCUUUUGUCUUGGUACUCUGUAUAAGUUUUUCAAUUAAACUUUGCUUUUGGUCGUUUUAUAUGUUUUUGCUCUGCAUGUCUGUUUGCUUGUCUGUCUGUUAUCAAGAUAUCUCAAAACUAGUAACACCAUUUGGCAAAUGUACAGACCAGCUACAUCAUUUGAUCACAAUAAUCAACAACACCCAUCCAACUUGUGCAUUAGCUGGGAUAACUUGGUAUUUUGUCAAUUUCCUGUAUUAUCCCCGAAACAAAAGGACACAUUGGAACAAUGCUUGUAAAUAUGACUCACCGCACUUAGCAUGUGUAAAACAAUGCAACCAGGGCCAUUUUUACAAACCCAAAGAGGAACACAAAUUAAAAUAUUUUUUAUCUGGUAAAGGUUGUGUGUCCUACUUGAAUAAAGUAAAAUAGUUAUUUGUUGAGCAGCAUUUUCAAAAAUAAUUUCAGUCUAAAAUUCAAAGUCAGGAAUAUUUAUGUUUAGAUUAGCUGAAAUGUCAAAAGAGAUCAAUUUUGCCUAUGAGGUGUUGUCAAUGUUGUCGUACUGAUAUUAAGUUAUAUUAUAUUUUAAUGGGUAGAAUUAUGAUGGUAAAAUUAUACUGUUUGCUUUGGGAAGGGUUAAUAAUGUAAAUAUAAAAUAUAUUAUAUAGCUGGAUAUGAAACCCAGGGUUUCUCAACCUUUUCUGGCCAGUGACCCACUUUUCAAAGUUUUAAAAAUGACUUCAUGCCAGCAAUCAAUUGUUAUAGUCUUCGAAAAUCCCCCAUGACCCCCACUCAUUAAUAAAACCACACCCUGUUGGGUCCCGACACCGAGGAUGAGAUACUCUGGUGUAACUGUUGUUGUUGUUCUUCUGUUAUGAAGCAAAAGAGAGAAAAAAAAGCCUCAUGUCAAAACAUGAGCAGCUUUGCUUGAACUUUGACAAAACGAUAAGUUGCGGCGCACUCUAUCUGUACUGUUGUGAACUUUGACAACUUCAUAAAUCAAUAUGUAUACUGUAAAAUAAAUAUUUGA